GAAUCCGGCUCAACAAGCGAUCUGGAAAAUCUUGAAUCAGAGCAUCUCGGAACGUUUUACAUUUCUCUCCAAAAAGGAAACGAAGAAAUAAAGAAAACAAGCUUCAAAAAAGAAGUUGAAAAUCACGAUCGUCAGCCAUGGAGAGCGACCGUCGUUUUACUCUCCUCCUCCUCCUCCUCCUGCUUUUCUUGAUAUCAAUAACAGUUCACACAGAAGCCGAAGUCAUAACCCUAACCCCCGACAGCUUCUCCGACAAGGUAAAGGAGAAAGACACGGCAUGGUUUGUGAAAUUUUGUGUUCCUUGGUGUAAGCAUUGUAAGAACUUGGGGACAUUGUGGGAUGACUUAGGGAAGGCAAUGGAAGGAGAAGACGAAAUAGAGAUAGGAGAAGUUGAUUGCGGUGUGAGCAAACCUGUAUGCUCUAAAGUAGAUAUUCAUUCAUAUCCCACUUUUAAGCUCUUUUAUGAUGGAGAAGAAGUUGCUAAAUAUCAAGGGCCAAGGGAUGUUGAAUCACUAAAAACAUUUGCCCUGGAAGAAGCAGAAAAGGCUGCAGAAAAAGCACAGCUAGGCAUUGAUAAAGAGUUGUGAUCAUUUCAAAGAGAUGAGACUUCCGAGCAGAACAGGGUGUGGGUCGCUUUUGACAACAGGAUGCUUAAAUUUUGAAGACACCCCAACUCACACAUGAUCUUCUGGGCUGUACUGGAUUGUGUCACGAAUAUGAUGUUUUUAUGUAAUUUCUGCAUAUUCCUGGCUAGAUGCAGGACUAAUCUCGUGGGCAUGGCAAUGGCGUGUUUUUACACUGAAUGUUGGCAUGUUUUGAACUAGUUGUGCAUGGUCUGGGUAUGAGCGUCUUAAUUUUAGUAAACCAAACCAAUUUUUACAGGCAAGAUAAAAACAGUAUUUAAAAUUUUAAUUGAAAGGCUUUUUCUUUUGUU